UUCGUCUCGUCGCCUCUCCGUCCGUUCGCCAGGCGACCUCCCCCAUCCUCUCUCUCUCUCUCUCUCUCUGUCGCUCCCCUCUCGCCGUCGCAUCCGCGAGGCAGCAUCAGGAGCAGCAGCAGCAGCAGCAGGAGGUCGCCAGUGCCGGGAUCUCUUCCCCGUUCCAUUAUCUCCCGUCGGACAGCUGCACCUCGUCCUUGCAUCAUCCUCCGUCGCCAAGGAAUUUGAAUACAUUUGAGAUGGAUAGGGCAUCAAAUUUCACUCCUGGUCCUUAUCAAGAACUCCUAGAUGCCAAACCACUAAGAUCGUUAGCUCCUAUGUUCCCUGCACCCAUGGGAGUCAAUGUUAAUCAGUCAAGCACCCCGCCGUUGGUAUGUGUCACUCCGGUUGGCCAAUUUCCUCUCGGUUUUGGUGCUGGAAACCUUCCUGCCUUUGGAUCAACUGUCACCUUCACUACCAUUGCAAAUGGGGUUUCUCGUGCAGGCACCAGUGCUAAUGGACCCAUUGAUGCCACCCCUAUCUCGGCAUAUAAGACCAGAGCAGGCAUUGUAUCACUUGACGAUGAAGACGAUUACUCGGGUAACCCUGGUUCAGGAUCGGGACGGAAGUCCAAGAGAUCAUCUGGUUCGGCUGCUGAUGGUUCAAAUGGAGUUAAGAUCAAGCGCCCUAAGCCAGUCUACAAAAAUUUUGUUGCUGGCAAGGAGCUUGCCUUUUUACCGCCUUCAUCCAGUGAUCCCAGGGAGGUUGUGGAAGCAGUCCACAUGACCUUUGAAGCACUUAGGCGUAGACAUCUGCAAUUGGAUGAAAUACAAGAGACUAGCAAACGUGCAGACCUGAAGGCUGGUGCCAUCAUGAUGGCAAGUAGUAUUAGGGCUAAUGUGGGAAAGAGGGUAGGAGUUGUUCCUGGAGUUGAAAUAGGUGAUAUUUUCUAUUUCAGGAUGGAACUUUGUAUCAUUGGGUUGCAUGCUCCUAGCAUGGGUGGCAUUGAUUAUAUGAGUGCUAAAUUUGGAAUCGAUGAGGAUUCUGUGGCAAUAUGUAUUGUUGCAGCAGGCGGCUAUGAGAAUGAGGAUGAUGACACAGAUACGCUGGUAUACAGUGGUUCAGGGGGUAAUAGUAGGAACACUGAGGAGAGGCAUGACCAAAAGCUUGAGAGGGGUAACCUUGCUCUGGAGAGGAGCCUGCACAGGAAGAACGAGAUAAGGGUUGUGCGGGGCUUCAGGGAUCCAUUUUGCCUGACUGGAAAAAUCUACAUAUAUGAUGGCCUCUAUAAGAUUCAGGAGUCCUGGAAGGAGAGAACAAAGUCUGGUAUCAAUUGCUUUAAGUACAAGCUGCUGCGUGAGCCUGGACAGCGUGAUGGGGCUGCAUUAUGGAAGCUGACUCAAGGAUGGAUAGACAAUCCAACAAGCAGAGGCAGGGUUAUACUACCUGACCUAUCAUCUGGUGCUGAAGCUCUCCCAGUUUGUCUUGUCAAUGAGGUAGACCAUGAGAAAGGACCUGGACAUUUCACCUAUGCCAGCCAAAUCAAAUACUUGAGGCCCCUGAGCUCUAUGAAACCCUUACAGGGUUGCGGAUGCCAGAGUGUUUGCCUGCCUGGUGAUCCUGGUUGUGCUUGUGGACAACAUAACGGAGGUGACUUACCUUACAGCUCAUCGGGACUUUUGGUGUGCCGCAAGCCGAUAAUUUAUGAAUGCAGUGAAGCUUGCCAUUGCUCUUUAAAUUGCCGGAACAGAGUGACCCAAAAAGGGGUCAGAUUCCACUUUGAGGUCUUCCGGACUGCAAGUCGAGGCUGGGGUCUUCGCUGCUGGGAUCCCAUUCGUGCUGGUGCAUUUAUUUGUGAGUAUACUGGUGAGGUCAUUGAUGAGCUCAAAGUUAAUUUGGAUGACAGUGAAGAUGAUUACAUUUUUCAGACUGUAUGUCCUGGUGAGAAGACAUUAAAAUGGAACUUUGGUGCUGAAUUGAUUGGUGAGGAGAGCACAUAUAUAUCGGCGGAUGAAUUUGAGCCACUGCCAAUCAAGAUUAGUGCAAAAAAGAUGGGAAAUGUUUCGCGUUUCAUGAACCAUAGUUGUUCUCCAAAUGUUUUCUGGCAGCCAGUUCAGUAUGAUCAUGGAGAUGACAGCCAUCCACAUAUUAUGUUCUUCGCACUGAAGCAUAUUCCUCCCAUGACAGAGCUGACUUAUGACUAUGGUGUUGCUGGAUCUGAAUCCUCAGGUUCUCGUAGAACUAAGAACUGCUUCUGUGGAUCAUCAAACUGUCGGGGAGUAUUUUAAUUGACAGAUGUAUCUCUGUUGUGUUGGAUCAACACACAAACCUACCUGCUAGAACUUCCUGCCUGUGCCCAGAUUUGAGCUCUGGCAUUAUUCCCUAAGAAUGACAAGAGACGAAGAUGGGUUUCAACAUGAACUGUGAAGACAGUAAAUUACCAUCGAUUUGAACUGCAUAGACAGUAAAUUAUGGCCAAUGUUUCUUUCUUGUAUUGAUGUCGCACUUGGUAGCUUGGUGGUCUCUGCACCACCUUUUGUCUGAUAUUUUGUGGGGGGCAUGUAUUGAUGUUGCUGCUGCAAAUCUUCUGUAUCGAUUUGCACUCAUCCUGUGUAGACUAGCGUCAGUUUUAACUGGAACUCUAGCAAUUAGGUUGUGACCUGUCAGAUGCAGUCAUGUACAAUGCGUUGGUUUAGGAUCAUCUUGCAUCUUCCGCUCGACUUCAUUUCCUCUUAUGGUAGAAUGCUGUUCGUUGAUCUAUGGGCUGUUUAGAU